AGAAAAAAAUAUACCUAUCAAUUCAGAUGUAAAUAAAGAAAACGUGUUCAUUAUUAUUUGUAGUGUAAUUAAAUAUUGGCAAAAUGUCGCUUAUAAUGACAAAAGCGGCGCUUGCCUUAAAAAAUGCAGAAACAAACUUUAAAUUUGUGAAGUUUGAGGCACAUAAAGCUAAAAAGAAGCAAGUACAGGAUCAUGCUGAAAAUAAUGAAAUAAAUCAGAGGACUCGGAAUUUAAGUAAAGAUUUAGAUUUAAAGAAGAUUCGUCACGAGGUUGUUAAGUUUGGAAUGUCUGGUUUUGAUCCUACAAAGAAAGAAGAAGCUAGAAUUGCGUUAGCUGUUAGUUUAGGAGCCAAACCACCUAAAAAAGAGUAUGUAAAUUACAAAGAACUUAUGCAGAAGAGAAAACAGGAGAAAUUGAAGGAGAUGGAGGAGAAAGAGCAGAUGAAAUCUAAAAGUAUUUUAAAAACAGCAGGCAAGAAGAAGAAGACUGUAAACAAUGAUGUUGGACACUUACUCAGCAGUUAUGGAAAGGUGCAGAAGAAAGAUUUGAAAAAGAAAGAUGAUAAAGGAUCAAAGAAGAAAAAGAGGAGUAAACCUAAAAUAUGAAUAAAUAAAUUAAUA